AUGACUCAGGUAACGCAACAGCGCACUCUGCAAGACAUCGAGAAUGAGCUCGAUAUCACAAUCUAUCCUGGGACGGAGGUGAUGGUAGAUGUCGGCUCACAUCACUUUAUCAAGUCCGGAAAUGGCGGCGGAGACGGACGCGUCCUUGUUCCUCAGCCUUCCGAUGAUCCCCUUGAUCCACUGAACUGGAGUUACACCUGGAAACUCAUCACGAUCAUUUGUGCCAGCUUUGUCUCCAUCAGUCAAAAUCUUGGCCCUCUCGCAAACGCACCUUUAUUUGGCUUAUACAUGGAGGAAUGGAACGUUAGCCUAGCAGACGCCGUUCAAACGACAGUUUCCUCCAUCUGGAGAGUUCGAUCAACAAGCUACAAAUCCUUUCUCGGAGCAUCCGCUCUGAAUGGUUUCGGUGCCGGCCCCUGCGAGAGUUUAAUGCCACAAAUAAUUGCCGACAUUAUUUUCCUUCACGAUCGCGGUAAAUACCAAACAUUAUACUUUGCGAUCUACUUUGGGUCGCUCUCGAUCGGCCCCAUCAUUGCUGGCAGCAUGGCAGAACGCUUCGGCUGGAGGUCUUUCUGGUGGUUCAACACAGGGUUGCUCAUAUUUACUCUAUUUCUCAACAUUGGCUUACUGCCAGAGACACGUUUUGCGCGCAAAACAGAGACCAAGAGAGCAUCAGACCCUGCUACUCUUGUUGAUGAACCCGAAAUUAAGGCCAGUUCCGUUGUUGAUCACUCGGAGGAUGCCUCAGGUGAACAACCUCAAGAUCAGUGGCUAUCGCGCGGACAUCCGUCUUUGAAGCAAUUCAAUCUCUUGGGGCCUUAUCAGGGAAAUAUUUGGCAAGAGCUGUGGCUUCCAUGGUACCUCCAUGCUUUCCCAAUUGUUGAAUUUGCCGCCUUUGCUGUCUCUUUCUCGGCAUCCGGCUUUUUGGUCGCCAACUUGACCCAGCAACAGUUUUUUGGAGCACCACCUUAUAACUUUUCAGCCCAAGCAGUUGGCUUUACCAACUUUGCCAUAUUUACGGGUAGCAUGAUUGGACUCCUGACAUCAGGCCCAUUAUCAGAUUGGGUUGCGAAUUUCUUCACCAAGCGCAACAGGGGUAUCAGAGAGCCGGAAAUGCGACUAAUCGCAAUGCUGCCUUACACUUUGAUCAUGAUGAUCGGGCUUAUUGUGGUCGGUGUCGGUUACAGCCGGUUGUGGUCGUGGAAAGUCAUUGUCAUUAUCGGCUACACUUUGCUCGGGAUGCAAGUGACGAGUUUGCCUAGCAUCGCGUCCACUUACGCCAUUGACAGCUAUAAACCAGCCACGGGCGCUAUUUUCGUUGCCAUUACCAUCAAUAAGAAUCUUUGGGGCUAUGGUGUUGGCAAGUUCAUCACGCCUUGGACAGAGCAGAUUGGGUACCUUGCACCAAUCAUGACACUCAUGACCUUGAUCACAUUCUUCUGCAGCUUCGGCAUUCUGUUUUGGUACUUUGGUAAAUACUUCCGGGGCUUGACGAGAAAUUCUUUCCUACACAAAUUGGACAGUUAA